AUCAAAUUAAGUUAUCUUUACUUGGCAAAUGGGACUUAUUAGAUUAAUCAGUAAUCCGUUGAUUUACAACAUCAUCAACAAAAGCAAAGCAAAGCAUAGAAAAGGAGCUCCAAAACACUUAAACAUACAAGUAAGAAAACUGCAAUAGUGACGAUGGCGGAUGCUGUUAUUUCAGUUGUGGUGGAGAGAGUUGCAGCUAUCAUUGAAGAUCAGAUUCGGUACGAGGUCAAUUUGGUGAGGGGCGUUGAGAAGGAGGUUCUGGAUCUUUCCGACAAGCUCAACACGAUCAAAAAUGUGUUGGAUGAUGCAGAAAAGAGAGGGGUGAAAGAAUCAAGCGUCAAAAAUUGGUUGAAGAAGUUCGAGGAUACGACGUAUGAGAUGGACGACAUUUUGGAUGAAUGGAACUACGCUCUUCUCGAACAUAAGAUAGCUGAAGCUGCUUCUCCUAAGCAAAAGGUAAGCUGCUCCUUCGUCCCAUCUUCAUGCUUAUCUUUCAACAAAGUUUCUUUUCGUCGUCAUACUUCCAAGAAAAUACAUAAUGUGAAGGCUAAACUUGAUCAGAUUUUGAAGGAGAAAGAUGAUUUUAAUUUUGUCAUGCAUCUGCCUUCAAUUGAUCAUAUGCCUAAAUCUGGGCGAGUUCAAUCGACAUCUUCAAUUGACUUAAAAAAAGUUUGUGGGGUAGACAUAGAAAAGAAUAAGAAUGAUAUUGUGAGGAAGCUGAGGCUUAAUGGUGAUACCCAAAUUGUGUCUAUAGUUGGGAUGGGGGGAAUUGGGAAGACAACUCUUGCUCAACUUGUUUAUAAUAAUACUCAAGUAAAGAAUUGUUUUGGAUUAAAAAUUUGGAUAUGUGUUUCCGAUCCCUUUGAUGUGGCUGGGAUUGCAAGAGGAAUUGUUGAGAGUGUGACAAAACAAAUUAUUCCUCCAAAUAACAGCCAAUUGGAUUUGGUGCUAGAAAAAUUAAGAGAUUGUAUAUCAGGGAAGAAGUUUGUUCUUGUCCUUGAUGAUGUUUGGACAGAAGACUACAACAAAUGGGAACCCUUGAAAAUCAAUCUGCAAUAUGGCGCACCAACUAGUAAAAUUUUGGUGACAACAAGAAAUGAAAGGGUAGCUAAAAUGAUGGGCAGCUUAGAUGAAGACAUCUACCGGCCACAACAGCUGAGUGAUGAAGAGUGUUGGUCAUUAAUGCGCCGCAUAUCCCUUUCAGGAAGGAGUGAGGAGGAAUGUAGAGAGUUUGAGGAUAUUGGCAAGAAAAUAGCUAGCAAGUGCCAGGGAUUACCUCUUGCUGCAAAUGUUUUAGGAAGUCUUUUGCAAUUCAAGAAUAGUUGGGAAGAGUGGGAAAAUGUAUGGAAGAGUGAAAUAUGGCAAUUGGAGAAGGCGGAAGUAGAUCUUUUCCCUCAUUUGGUUUUAAGCUACAAUGAAUUGUCCCCAUCUCUUAAGCAUUGUUUUUCAUAUUGUGCCGUCUAUCCUAAAGAUUCUCGAAUCUAUGCUGAGAGUCUGAUACAAGAGUGGAUGGCAUUAGGGUAUUUGGGCUCUAUAACUAGAAAUGGUGAUGUGGAACUUAAAGGGCGAGGCUACUUCAACAAUUUAGCAAUGCGUUCUUUGUUUCAAAACUUUGAGAAGAGUGGCUACUCGGGCGAGCAGAUCAAAUGGUGUAAAAUGCAUGAUGUAAUACAUGAUUUUGCUGAAUUUGUUAGGAAGAAUAAUGUGCGAGGUGAAAUGAGAAAGAGGAGUUGCCAAGUUUGUGAUCCUUGGUUGGUUUCUCAUGUGCAAGAGUAUCGAAGUAUACAUUGGGACAAGGGAACUCCUCCCCUUCUUUGUGAUUGCCUGACAAGUGUUAGGGUGUUAAGAUUUAACAGGGGACUGGAUGGUCCUCUUCCACAAGGAAUGGAAAAGUUGACUCACUUGAGAUGGUUGAAAUUAAGUGGUACUUGUUUGUCCAAGGAAGACCUCAAAAUCAUUAGUAGGUUUUAUUUCUUGCAAACUCUCUUGUUAGCAACCUGCUCCCUAGAAGAGAUUGGGGAAGAAAUUGGGAAUUUGGUUAAGUUGAGAAACCUUGACUUAAGUGAGAAUAAAUUGUUAAAGGAGUUACCAGAGAGCAUGUGUAGUUUGAUUGAAUUGCAAAUCUUGAAUAUCUCAAUGUGCAGUCAUCUCAUUGGACUUCCCCAAGGGAUCCAUAGGCUCCAAAACCUCCAACACCUAUUUAUUGGGGGCACUCCUGCAAGCCGCCGUUUGCCUCGCGGAUUAGGUGAGUUAAGUGGUCUCCGCACCUUGAAAUUGGGUUGGUUACACGUGGGAAAUGGUUACAACAAGGGAUUAUUGAAAAAAUUAAACCGUCUUACUGGAGAUUUAAGAUUGGAAAUCCACUUGAGGCGUAGCAGCGACGUGGAGGAUGUUGGGGAAGCAGAAUUAAGGAACAAGAUACACAUUCAAACACUCCAUAUAAAAUUCAAGGAUGAAAGGGAGCGGUCAUCAUCGUCAUCAUUGUGGAUGGACGUAAUAGAAGCUGUGGAGCCCAAUAUUGAGAAGCUGCAACAACUUGAAAUCAAGGGAUAUAAGGGGUCCAGAUUUCCUAGUUGGAUGUCAUCGCCACUCAACUUAAUAAAAAAGAUUGAACUCUCUAAAUUCCACGAGGUGUCUUCACUGCCGGCUAUGGGAAAACUACCUUUCUUGGAAGUUCUCUCUACGUGGCAACUGAAGGAAUUGAAGGUGGUGGGAAGGGAGUUUUUGGGAAUAGAAUCUCACGUUGUUGCUGCAUUUCCCAAACUCAAGGAACUCACAUUUAUGUAUUGCCCGAAGUGGUCGGAGUGGGAGGACAUAACGGCGGAGGAGGAAGAAGAAGAAUGUGUGGUGGUGAUGCCGUGUCUCACGCGGUUAACUAUCUAUUCAUGUCUGCAUUUGAAGGAGUUGCCGCAUCGGCUUCUGCGUAAGGCCUCCUCGUCUUUGCGAUCCUUGACUAUUGCGUCUUCAUCGGAGUUGGUAAAAAGAUAUGGAGACGACAAGGAAGGUUCGCCUUGGAGAUCCAUAUCCCACUAUAAUCCUCAUCUUCAUCUCUAUCUCUCAAUUUGACUAGUGCAAUGUAAUGCUCCUCUGCAUGUAUUUUUCUUCAUUAAUAUAUAAAAAUUGUUUAGUAGGAUGGACAUCAGAUAAUUCUUAUUGCUGUUAAUUUUGUUAUUUGUGAAUAUAGACAUGUUUGUUUUCAUGUGUA